AUGGCCAACCCGCGCCUCCUCCUCCGCAGGAUCCUCUGCGUCGCCGCCGCCGCCGCCUUCCUCUCUGCCCCCGUCUCCGCCAUCCGGAAGGACAUUGGUUUUGCUGCACCCAUCAUAUGCAGGACAACUGUUCAAGGACGGCAUUUGAUAUCAGAUGAUAACGGUUAUGUAUGUUCUGCCCUUUCGAUUGAUCCAUGGUCUCGCUGCUGCCCACAAACAGGAGAACGCUUCUCCUGUCAGGGCUGCAACCUUGAUUCGCAGUGCUGCAACUCUUACGAGUAUUGUGUUUCUUGCUGCUUGAAUCCUUCUAUGACCAAGGAAGCAGAUGUUCUGAAGUUGAAGGUAGCUAAGCCAGUCACUGCUGGAACUUACGCCAAUAUCUUCGAUUUCUGCAUGGGAAGAUGCCGCCAUAGUUCUGCAAGCGUGGUCCAUGAAAAUGCAUAUUUGAGUGAUUUCCAUCAUUGCUUUCUGGUGCAGCAAAAUUCAUCGGCAGGAUCAACUGAAUCUAAUUUUGGAUCAAGGUUGGAUGGCAUUAACGUCAUUUUGGGAAGGCAGGGGGAAUCAUGUAGUUCUGCAUGCAGAGCAAAAGGACAAUCAUGUGUUCCAAGCAGGCUUUCUGAGUUGAACAAAUGUCAGAUUUUGCAGAAAUAUAUGAGAUGCAAAAAUGGUUGCUUUCCCAGUCUUGGGCCCGAUCAACCUGCCGAAGUUGUAGACGAAGCUCCAAAAAAUUUGAAUCCUGGAGCGUGCUUGUACAUGCAGAUGGAUGACCGCCUCACCUGUGAUGGCUCACAUCAACAUACCCGGAGGCUCUGCCCUUGUGCAUGA